UCGCAAGCUUCCGUGCCUGCCGCACACUGUUGCGUGUUGCCAAAAGGUUAUGCUUGAACAACACUAAAAUCUCUCUGUCCUUGCUCGUCAUUCCCACAAGGCGGGGGAACGAGUAACAGUGUUUUUAUACAUAUAGUGUGACUCCACCGUCUCGCGAGAUGAGACUUGUGACGUCGAGAAUAGCUGUCAGUCAGAAGGCAGAGAGCUGCUAGCAAGGCGUUGCGGGACGUUUAAGCAGCGUUCCGGGACUGCGGAUUCUGUUAAAGAAAUCGGGACUGUCUCGACUGUUGUGAGGACUGAAAAAACACUGGGCUUACACAUUUGGGAGAAAAAAUAUGGAAUGUGUUUUACAGCUGACUGAACAUAACCAAAGGAACUUUAUUGACAGUACUUUGAAAAUCCUCAGUUAGCUGUUUGUUCAUUCUUUUAAAACUAACCAGCAAUUUCCAGAUAGAGCUCAUCAUUGUUUCCACUGCUCUGCCUGGCACAUAUUUGUCCCUCGAGCCCAGUCCAUUUAAUUUUCUCUUUCUUUUACCUUUUAAUUAUUUUUCUUUGUGACCCAAGAAAUACAGCAAAAUGGUUCUGGACGAGUACUUGUGGAUGGUUAUUGUUGGCUUUAUUAUUGCUUUUGUCUUGGCCUUUUCAGUUGGUGCAAAUGAUGUGGCCAAUUCAUUUGGCACAGCUGUGGGGUCUGGUGUGGUAACAUUACGGCAGGCCUGCAUAUUGGCUUCAAUUUUUGAAACAAUUGGUUCUGUUUUACUUGGAGCUAAAGUAGGAGAAACCAUCCGAAAAGGAAUUAUUGAUGUAAACCUCUACAACAACACAGUGGACCUACUCAUGGCUGGAGAAGUUAGUGCGAUGGUUGGUUCUGCUGUUUGGCAGCUGAUUGCAUCUUUCUUGAAACUUCCAGUCUCUGGCACCCACUGCAUCGUUGGCGCAACUAUUGGCUUCUCACUUGUUGCAGUUGGUGCACAUAGUGUUCAGUGGAUGCAGCUUGUCAAGAUUGUUGCCUCCUGGUUCAUUUCACCACUGUUGUCGGGUCUGAUGUCUGGUGCACUGUUUUUGAUGAUAAAGUUUUUCAUCUUGAAUAAGGAGGAUCCUGUGCCCAAUGGACUUAAAGCUCUUCCAGUAUUUUAUGCUGCUACGAUAGGAAUUAAUGUUUUUUCUAUUUUGUUUACUGGAGCCCCCUUGCUAGGACUGCAAACCUUUCCAGUGUGGGCCACUGCUCUGCUGUCAGUAGGCAUUGCCAUCGUCUUUGCGCUAGUAGUUUGGUUCUUUGUUUGCCCAUGGAUGAAAAAGAAAAUAGCAAGUCGACUGAAGAAAGAAGGAGCAUUGUCGCGUAUCUCAGAGGAAAGUCUUGAUAAAAUUCAAGAUGAAGACACUUCUGUAUUUAAAGAAUUGCCUGGUGCAAAAGGAAAUGAUGAAAGUGUGCUACCUCUCACAAGCUCUUCCCCAGAUGCAGCUGUUUCUUCUGAGUCUGUAUCAAAUGGAAACACUAGAGUGCCCUAUGGAAGAGCCGCUUCAAUGACAAAUGGGUCCAUUCGAUCCCCUUUUUCCAACGGUACAUUUAAUUUUGAUGGGCACACAGUGAAAAGUGAUGCUCAUGUGUAUCACACCGUGCAUAAGGAUUCUGGGCUGUACAAGGACUUACUGCACAAUAUACAUCUUGACAGGGUAAAAAUUGAUCGCUCGGCCCCUGAAAAUAAUUACCGGAUACUGAGGCGCAACAACAGCUACACUUGUUACACUGCUGCUAUUUGUGGUGUGCCAGUACAUUCAACUUUUAAGUCAUCUGAUAUAGCUAUGCCAGAAGAUAGCGAAAAGCUAGUUGGAGAUACAGUAUCUUUCUCCAAAAAACGUUUACGCUAUGAUAGCUAUUCAAGUUACUGCAAUGCAGUUGCUGAAGCAGAAAUUGAAGCAGAAGAAGGAGGUGUAGAGAUGAAGCUUGCUGCUGAACUAGCUGACCCAAAUCCACCUCAAGAUGACUCCCUGGAAGAGGACAAGGAAGAGAAGGACAAGUCACAAGUCCACCUCCUUUUUCACUUUCUCCAGAUUUUGACAGCUUGUUUUGGAUCCUUUGCCCAUGGUGGAAAUGAUGUUAGCAAUGCUAUUGGACCACUUGUUGCUUUGUGGCUGAUUUAUCAACAAGGAGGAGUAAUGCAAGAAGCCUCUACCCCUGUCUGGUUGUUGUUAUAUGGAGGAGUUGGCAUCUGCGCUGGCCUCUGGGUAUGGGGUCGAAGAGUAAUUCAGACCAUGGGAAAAGACCUUACCCCAAUUACACCCUCCAGUGGAUUUUGCAUUGAAGUAAUGUGUGCGAUUACUGUACUAGUUUCCUCUAAUGUGGGUAUACCCAUAAGCUCUACUCAUUGCAAGGUUGGAUCCGUGGUUGCUGUGGGGUGGAUUCGUUCACGUAAAGCUGUUGAUUGGCGUUUAUUCCGCAACAUCUUUUUAGCCUGGUUUGUCACAGUCCCAGUAGCUGGUUUAUUCAGUGCAGGAGUCAUGGCAAUCCUUCAGUAUGGCAUUCUUCCAUAUGUUUGACAUCUAUUAACUACAAAUGCAAAAGUUUAGUGCAUAAUGUAAAGCACCUAGCGCUACAGCAAUAUUUUGGAAUGUCUGCUUUGAAGCCCAACCUAUGAGGAAUAAGAACAGACAAGCCCAAUUUACUCAUCAAAGCAUCAUCUUGGUGUAACUAUUCUAUCUGCUGUAUAUAAUAUGUCAUAUUGGUGACAUGGUGCAAUGUGGCUCAUUACUACUAUUUAAGAUAAAUAUAUAUAUUCAUAUAGUAGGUAACACUACCAGAGUAUUAUCAUUUGGGAUGGGAGUAAUUGCCUAGACUUUUUUUUUUAUCUAGAUAAAAGCUGUAUAUAAUGUAAUAUUUUUGUGAGGGUUAUUUUUUUUUAAUCUUGAAAAUGGUGUGGAAUAUAAAAGCUCAAGUCCACUCUAAGCGAGGUACAGAAGGUAUCAUUCAUAUAUUUUUUGUAAAGUUGUAUUGAAGUUUGUGAUGGUCUGUAUGCUAAAUAGAGAUACCGGAAAACAAACGAAAUUGCCUUUUGAAAAAUCAGCAUAUAAUUACAUUUUUAUGUAUCAUACUGUAAUUUCAACUGUAAUAUGUAAAUAUUGGUGCAUUUCCCUUUAAUGCUUUGGAAUAAGAAUAUAGGAUGUACCAAAGAGAGGAUGGAGUUUGCUUGACGGGAGUUUGUAUUUGACAUAUCAAAGGAUUUCCCUGCAUAGUCUAUAACAAGCAAUACAACAUUUUGGUUCUUAUAUUUGCCAUUUGUAACAUCAAAGAUAUCCAGUUUAAUUUGAUUUAUGAAAUAAAAGAUGAAUCAUUGAAAAUCUUAUCUGUUGGGGAAUAUUUGAGAAUGCGGGGCUUCUUGCUCUGAUUAUAUUUAUGUUUCAAGCUUGGCUAAUCUUGCACCAGUUAGAGCUGUAAUGAUGCAAAGUAAGAACAUAUAGAGCAGCUCUUAACACACUGAUAUGUUGAAAUUAUAUUGAGUACAUCAUUUUUAGCAAAUAUAAAAUAAACUACUUGGCAAUGACUGGAAAAACAGCAGUGAUAUAAAAUGAGCUAUACUAGUUUGAAAUGUAAAAUCCUCUAUUCAGCGUGCCAUAUUUUUUAGUGAAGCAGUGGCCUUCAAAGUACAUUCACUAACUUUUUAAAUUCAUAUCAGGAACAUUAUAGACCAGUAGUACAUAGUAUUUAGCACUUUUGCUACCAUAAUAUAGAGCAUAAUGUUGAAUGUAGGUUAUUCAGUUCUGUAUUGAUCAUUUAUAAUUAUGAAAAUGGAGUGAAGCUCUGUCCUUUCUCCUAUCAGAUUUGUACAAAGCUUAUAUCAACUUAAUAGGCUUAUUUAAAUAAAAAAAAGUUCACCGUUCUGCAGACUUUUAUUUUACAUAACAGAACAAAAUGUGUUGUUUUUCUUUCCCUUUAAAACAUUGUCAUUAUUUUUUCUCUAUUGCCUCAAUAUAAAAAAUAAACAAUAUAGACAAAAUCACUGAGGAUGGAACUGCCUUAGUAUUAAAUAGAAGGAACCUGAAGUGUGGUGCAAGUUGCAGAUGUAGUGUGCUGACUGCUACUUAUCUUAUUUUGUGAAGGCUUAAAUAUCCAUUGGGGGAGGGGGGUCACAUUAACCCUCUGUUUUCUAUGUUUUGUACUUGGCUUUUAGACAUCUACAUUUGUUACUAACCUCUGGACUAUUUACAUUACAAACUGUUUUGUUACACUUCAUCAUGUUACAAAUUGAAAAGCAAUACUACUGCAAGUAUUUUCCUAUGCAUUUUGCAAUAUUUGUAUGUAACUAAACUGAUAAAAAUUCAUAUUUCUCCUGUUCACAGCUGGCAUAACUAGAAUGCUUAAACAUUAUAUGUACCAUACUAUAAGGACUAGGCAUACAAUAAAUGCUCUGUAAGGGAUACGCUACACUGGUGAUUUAGUGCCAUAAACGUAUUUGUUUGAUUGAAGUAAUAUGUGUUGAAUCUAUUUAAUCCUUCUCUACGAAGGGUUUUUAUUUUUUCAGGCUAGAAAAGCAUAUUAAAAUGCUACUUUGGCAUGGAAAGAAAAUUGUGCAGUGUUCUAUACCCCAGAAACAUGUUGGCAAGUCACAUAAAGUAGCAUUAAGGGGAAUAUUUAUUAAGGGUUGAUUUGAAAAUUCUGAUGUACAAUUUUUUUUUAUGGUCAAAUUCAACUAGGGAAUUAUCCAAACUCGAUUUGAGUUUUUAAAAAACGUCGAAUUCGAUUUUCAAGAUUUAACAAAGUCUGGCCCUUUAAGAAUUCAAAUUAGACUAUUCGCCACCUAAAACCUGCCGAAUUCAAUGUAUAAAUCACUGAGAGAGGUCCGGUGACCAAUUUGAAGAUGUUUGCAGCCUUCCUGACAUUCAAGUUUUUUUCGGUGGAAAAAAAUCUAAUCGAGUUUUGUCAGGCAGAGUUUUUACAUAUUUGUUUGUUUUUUUUUUUAAGAAAUAAUUGAAUAUUCAAAUUUCAAAUAAAAUCGAAUACAUGUGAGUUUAAAAAAACCUCACAAAAAAUGAAAUUCGACCCUUGAUAUAUGUGCCUCUACUUUUGCUUAUCCAAUGUGUAUAUGGGGAAUUUUACACUUGGACAAGUGUCAAACACACAAACCAAAGUGGCUUCAUCUGUAUGUAUCUUGUAUUCAGUCAUGUUGUAGGAAAGACUGUUAAAACAUUUUGUACACAGGGAAAAUACUCCCAUGAAAUCUGUUUAUAUUUCCAGCCAAAAUCUCCAGUGUAGACUAGCCCGGGUAAAAAUCAUGGUAAUAUAAGUUCUGACAUUGUUAUACUAUUAGGCUAUCAUCUUGGGUUUAGUACCAGCUGUUACAGUUAAAAUGCUGCUAUUUUUUCAUUAUAAAAUCUUCUGUUGGCUACGAUGAUAUUUUGUGUUUUACUUUCAUUCUAUGUUAUAUUUAAUAAAGAUGUUAUUAUAAUGCUAAACAGCAUUGGGUUGGGCCAGAAUUGAGAAGUACAAACAUUGAGUGUAUUGAUUAGCUUAGUGGCAAACAAUCAGUGUAUGCGUGUUUGGGUUUGUGUGUAUGUGUGUUAUACACAUACAAGCACACACACGUAAAUAUUUCUUCAAAUUAAACAUAACACAUGGGUGCUAUAUGUAAUAUAUUUAUUAGCUAUAAGUACCCUGAAUUUGAUUAUGUAUAUGUGAGUGCAGCUACUUUUGGACAAUAUAUACCACAUAUUUCUACACCUCAAAGUGCCAAAUGCCCCGUUUGCAUGUUCCAAAAACAAUGUGGUUGUGAAGCGCUCUUCACAUUUAUGUUCCCGAUAUACUUUUUUUUUACCAUAUCAUUAUAACUACUACUGCUUUACUGUAAUGUCUUGUAAUCAUACCAACAAUGCCAAAACCUAUAGUCCUAAGGGUCCCACAAAUUAAGUCCCAAAAUACUUCUCAGAGGCACCUCGAACUUGUGCCUAUCCCUUAAACAGUGGUGCUCUGCUCAUUGUUUUUCUCUUGUCUCAGAAAGCAUACAAAGCAUAAAUGCACAGUGGCAGCUGCAAAAGUAAAGUAGUAUAUAGAUGCAAUGCUUACCGUAUAUGCAGCCUUUUGCAGAUCAUUUGGUUUGAUUGUAUAGAAGCAGAUUUAUUUUGGUUUAAGGGGCUGAAUUAAUAGAUUUCAAUGAACCCUUUAUAAUAGGGCUAGUGUUUUGGGAACAUUUGCGAUCCAUUUCAAAUAAAUAAGAUGUCUUUGUUUAAAUUACUCAAGAUCUUUAAAUAUUCAAAUACAGUUUUAAGUGGCAGUUACACAAAGAUCAUGAGUGCAGGGACCCUGUUGAACUCAAUCUAUUUUUGGAUGUCUUUUCAUUCCCAGUAUUUUUGUCAUGUGAGUUAUUUUUAAGCCAGCGCAUUGCUGACCUUUGUCAGUUGAAGUGUGUCAUAAAUAUAUAUAGGGGGUUAUUUAUCAAGGUCCGAAUAUCCAAAUCUUGAAUAAUUCUUGGUUUUCGGAGGGGAAAAAAAACUGAAUUUUUCAUAAUUUAUUAAAGUCCGAUUGUCUAAAAACUCAGAAUCCGAAACCCCCGCCAUCUAAAAGCUCUCGAGGUCCUAUAUAAAUCAAUGGGGAAGGUCCCAGUGUCUGCGCUGAUGUCCAUACCAAUAUCCAAUGAGUUUGUGGUUUCUGAGCAAAAACUCAGAAAACUAAAAUUUGUUCGUAGAUUUCUUAGUUUUUUGCACAGAAACCACAAACAAUUCUGAGUUUUCGGGGACAGCUCUGAAGUUAGCCCGACCCUAUUUUUUUCUUCAUAAAUAAGGUCCAUUCGGGCAAUCGGAGUUGCUUGGAUUUCUAACUUAGAAAUACUCAGAUAAAUUCUGACCUUGAUAAAUAACCCCCAUAAUGUUAUGAAUGUGUACACACAGUGAAGGACUUUUUAGAUAUAUGACUCCUUAACUAUAAAGUGAUUACAUUGGCAGACAUCAUAUAUGUAUUCCCUUAUAAAUUAAUAGAUAAAGAAGAAUGGCAAACAUGAAUUAUUUACAAUGUAAAAAAAAGCAAAUUUUUCCAAAAUACAACAACCAUCAGAAUAAAAUGUUUAAACAGA